CCCUUUGUACUCCAUAAAACUGAACCCUUCACUUUAAGAUAGCCCUUAACUUUCUGUAUAAAAUUAACGAACCAAACAUUAAUCGUACCAUUCACGACCUGACCACCGUCCAUUGUAGAAGUUAAAGUUUUAUCUGAAGAUACGUCCUCAACUUAUCAAAUAUUUCGAAUAAAUUCUUCCUAUAUAGACAAAAGUUAAAGUGUAAUUUAAAUUUAAAUAAAUAACAUGGAGAGCAACGCAGAAUUUACCUUCGCUGAAAUUCAAGAAGUAGGUCUGUUAAGAUCCACAUUCCGUGCAAGGGUUUAUCAAAUCGAGGAUAAGAUCCUUCAGUCCUCAGGCACGCCAUAUCUUCGUCUCAUUUUGACGCAAGAUUUCGGAAAGACUUUGAUCGUAGCGCUUUCCAUUGGUCAUUCAUAUCAAGACGUAAAAAAUGAGUAUAAGGUUGGAGAGGAGUACACAUUUUUGGGUGGAACGUUCAGCACGAAAUUGAGGGACCAGUGUUUCAAGUCUUGCUCGGCUUUCGAAUAUGACCUUUGGUUUCUUCAAGUUCAAAGAGAAGUUGGAAUUCCCAAUGCUUCCUGGUCCUCCUUGGCUUACAGUUUCACGAAUAUGCUGAUUCCGACAUCGAGUGGAGAGCGAGAUGAGUGAGAAGGUUUGUAUUGGGAUCUUUUCAUAUUAUGACUUUUGCUGAUUAAUGCAAAUAAAAUUACUUUAUAUUUUUUCACACUUUGUAUUUUAAAAUAAUUUGUAGUGCUAAAUUUGUUAUUCGAUUAAUAGUUGUAGAGAAAUUAACAUCCAUAAAUUUGUAUUGAUCGUAUACAUAUAUUUAGAUGUAAAAUGAAAUACUUAUCAAUAAAUUGCAGUUAUUUAUAAUAUAGAUGCGAUGCUAAAUAGUUUAAUGAAUUAAUAAAUUCGCAUAAUAGCAAAUAGUUGAUGGCUCAUAUUUAACAUUAGUAUUUGUCAAAAAAAUUGCAUUAUUAA